CAGUCAGGAACGGUCGACGUGACAAACACCGGAAUUACUGCUGUGUUCCAACGUCAACGUUUUUCCGUCCCAGUGUUGAUGUGAGUGAUUCUAACACUUCAGCGGGAUUAAGGUCGCUGUGGGUGCGAGAACAUGCCGAAGGUGGUCUCCAGAAGCGUGGUGUGCUCAGACACCAGAGACAGGGAGGAGUACGACGACGGAGAGAAGCCUCUCCACGUGUACUACUGCCUGUGCGGCCAGAUGGUUCUGGUUCUGGACUGCCAGCUGGAGAAGCUGCCCAUGAGGCCCCGGGACCGGGCCAGGGUCAUCGAUGCGGCCAAACACGCCCACAAGUUCUGCAACGUGGAGGAGGACGAGCAGGCGUUCAUCAAGAGGACCGACGGCAUCGAGCGGCAGCACCGCAAGAAAUGCGGAAAGUGCGGGCUGCUGCUCUUCUACCAGCACCAGGACAAGAACAGCCCUGGUACCUUCAUCGUAGACGGAGCCGUGGUCAAGUUCGGACAGGGCUUCGGCAACACCAGCGUCUACAGCCAGAAGCAGCCGGAGGUGCCCAAGAAGGUCCGGGUGAUGAUGACCAAGCGAACCAAAGACAUGGGCAAGUUCAGCUCCGUCACCGUGUCCACCAUCGACGAGGAAGAGGAGGAGAUCGAGGCCCGGGAGGUGGCCGACUCCUACGCCCAGAAUGCGAAGGUGAUCGAGAAGCAGCUGGAGAGGAAGGGCAUGAGCAAGAGGAGGCUGCAGGAGCUGGCAGAGCUGGAGGCUAAGAAGGCCAAGAUGAAGGGCACGUUGAUCGAUAACCAGUUCAAAUAGACCUGAGACUGGCAUCCUGGAGACCUGAGACUGGCAUCCUGGAGACCUGAGACUGGCAUCCUGGAGACCUGAGACUGGCAUCCUGGAGACCUGAGACUGGCAUCCUGGAGACCUGAGACUGGCAUCCUGGAGACCUGAGACUGGCAUCCAGGAGACCUGUGGGACAGAACCUGGAACCCAUCAAGAACAUGCUGUCACAGACUGAAGUGGUUCUUGGUUAUGAUGCUUUUAAUGAAUGUGUCCUGCUGAUGAAGAGUCAGCGGUUUGUAACUUUGUUCUUUACAAAAAAAAAUAAAGAUCAUUUGAGCAGGAA